AUGUAUACGAAAUCAAUUGUAUUUAUCACCUUGGCUUACAUCCACAUUUCUUAUUGUAAUAUAUGCACCACGGAGGAUGAUGGCCGGAUGGACGUAGUCAAACCGACAGUCGACAAAGUAAGGGAAGUAAUACAGUCCGUUUCCGGUGUCGGUGGGUCAUAUAAUACUGCAGAGUCAAACUCUGGGUUCUCGAACCCGGUGAAACCUUCAGUGUCGGAAACAGCUGUACCACAACCAGGAUCAUCGACAACCACAGAACCGGUUACCACUGGUGGUUGCCCAGAGCAACCAACGCAGACCUAUCAGCCGGAAUCCUGUAGUUGUUCGUAUAGUGUCGAUAACUUUUGUGAAGGUUGA